GGUAUCCUUCCAUUGGGUUUACAUUUUAGAUUUUCUGUGCUAGUCCGGUAUUUGAUUCGUGGUUUGCGUUUGGAGAAUCUGAGACGAACAAUAUACAAACAUUAAAAAAAAACCAUUCAAAGCCUCAAAUAGUGGUAGACCGCAGAAAGAGAAAUGACUUGUGAAGCAGAUUAAAUUAUGCUGCAAUUCUAAUGAGAUCAAUGGCUCGACUAGGUCAAAAUCUUCAUUUGAAGAAUUUGGUAUUUUUGGCCUUACAUUUGAUCAUCAUGGCAGUUGAAGCCCAACUACUCACAGCAAGCAACAGAUAUCUUAGCGGUUCUACAAGAUCUCAGGGUGCUACACUGGCUAGUAAUGGAGGAAGCUUUAGCGUAGAAAAUUAUGGUGCAGUGGGUGAUGGAGAACACGACGAUACUGAGGCGUUUACUGGUGCUUGGAAUGAGGCUUGUAAAGAAUCCCCUGCAACUUUGGUUGUGCCAAGUGGCAAGACUUUUCUGGUUAACAAUCUAGAUUUCCAGGGACCAUGUCAGCCUGGCUUUACUUUUCAGGUCGAUGGAACGAUUGCUGCACCCGAAGAUCCCAGUAGCUGGAAAAGAAAUUAUGUGUGGUUAUUGUACGAGCAUCUUCAACAAUUUACUCUCACAGGGGAGGGCACUAUUGACGGAAAAGGAAAUAAUUGGUGGGGAAAACAGAAAAGUAGACCAGCGGCCAUACAAUUCAAUGAUGUGAAAGGAAGUACACUCAGUGGACUGAAGGUGACAGACAGUCCUCAAUUUCAUGUCACAUUGACAGAUUGUGACAGUGUCCAGAUCGUGGGCAUUACAAUUCAGGCACCAGAAAGCAGCCCAAACACUGAUGGAAUUGAUACAUUCGUAUCCACAAACAUAGUCAUAAAAGAUUCCACUAUUGGAACAGGAGAUGACUGCGUGGGGAUAGGUGAUGGGUCUUCAAAUAUAGAGAUCAGUGAUAUCACAUGCGGUCCAGGCCAUGGAAUAAGUAUUGGAAGUCUCGGAAGAGGAAACGCGAAAGAAGAUGUCCAUUCGAUUCAUGUGGUCGGCGCCAAAUUGACAUCAACAACGAAUGGAUUGAGAAUCGAGACAUGGCCGGUAUUAUGUGUUAGAGUGCACUUUCAUUCUGUUCUCAUUCUGUUGUUUCCGUGAUUUACGGACAAAAACAGUGCAUGCAUUUUGACAGACGGUGCAUGCUUUUUGGCAUAAGUUAACUGAGCAAACAGCCAGUUAACCUUUCUUUCUCCGCCCCCACCGCUUUUCCAAUGUCGUAAUUUCAGUUGUUAC